GUAACCUCACAUGUGCAAAUGUCCUCUACUUACAAUAAAAAAGCUCAAUGUGUCCAUUUCUCAAGGAACAUAUUAUAACAUAUUCCAUCCAGACAAAAUCUUAGAAGACCUUCAGAAGCACACAGGAAACUGUGAGUCCCUUUGUUUACGAAAUGAUACACAACUGGGUCAUUCUGUCUGUCUACAUCUUCACGUUUUUGAUCGGCCUUCCAGCCAAUAUUCUGGCCAUGUGCACCUUCGUUAAGAAGCUUGGCAACAAACCAGGUCUGAAUGACAUCCUACUCUUCAACCUAACGGCUUCAGAUCUGGUCUUCCUGCUUUUUCUUCCCUUCAAGAUGUAUGAAGCGGCAUCUUAUAUGAAGUGGAACUUACCGCAAACCUUGUGUUCCAUUGCCUCCUUCGUCUUUUUUACCACGAUUUACACCAGCUCUCUGUUACUCAUGGCUAUCGCCGUGGAUCGAUAUUUAGCAGUCAAGUUUCCUUUCAAAUACAGACAGUUGCGAAGGCCAUUGUAUGCUGUGGUGAUCAGUGUCUUUAUCUGGCUAUUUUGUGGUGCACACUGCAGCAUCGUAUUCAUCAUAGUCUUCAUGCCUGAUCUGAACAACACCAAAACCGUCUGCUAUGAGGAAUUCAGCGAGGAACAGAAACGGAUUUUGUUGCCAGUGCGGCUUGAAUUUUUUGUCGUGCUCUAUGUGGUGCCGCUCUUAGUUUGCAUCUUUUGUUAUGUGAACUGUGUCUACAUCCUGUAUACCAGGCCUCACAUCACUAAAAAGAAAAAGCAAAGGGCCUCCGGCAUGGCAUUGUGCACUUUGUGUAUCUUUCUAAUGUGUUUUCUACCGUACAACGCCUCCCAUAUGGUGGGUUACUGUAGCAACAACAGCCCGCCUUGGAGAUACUAUACGCUUUUGUUGAGCACUCUAAACACCUGUUUGGAUCCAUUAAUUUUCUAUUUCUCUUCGUCAACUUUCCGGGAUAAUGCCAAGAUUUCUUUCUUGAAGAAGUUCUUUGUUAGACACAAGAAAGCUGAAAUUGUGCAAACAGAGAUGAAAUCUGAAAGUCCAAGAGAUGACACAAAAUUAAACAGAUAAGAUGAUUUUUGGAGUGGGAAGCUCCAUUUCCUAACAAUUUCCAUGUAAAUAUUGCACUGUAGGUACUGUAAAUAGCAUGCAAUUAUUAUGCCAUUAUUAAGGUGAUGUGACUCCAAAAUUCAAGCCUGAUCUCAUUUAAAUGAUGUAAAUAUUGCAAAAUUUUUCAUUACACGUCUCGUGGCAGUUCCAAGUUGAAAUGUCCACUAUCUGGCGCUAAAAGGGAGUUAAAAGUUCUUCCAAACAGAUUACGUUUUUAAGGUUAUUGCUCAAUCAAGUUUUAAAUCAACCAAACCAACCUCCCCUAAACCUUAAUCUCGAGCGACUCAGUUCAGUUCAGGAGAAUCUGGGCUGUCAAUAAAGGGUUAAACUUUCAAUGCACAGAAUCAUGUGACAAAACAACAUAGCGCCGAUCACAGCAGAGUUUGUCUUUGGGAGAAACGCCAACAAAACUACAUCUGGUAAGAAAUCUCAUUACGGUUUUACAUUGAAACCUGUUUGAGUCAAAGCGUUAGAUUCUCUAGUUCCAUCCGAAAUGCCACACUGCUAAACACAAUGUACACUAAUAUGUACUUUAGCGUAUUUUUCCCUUAGUAGUCCAAUAUUUACUGUGCAUUAUCAUAUUGAGAAUUAAUGGAUCCAUCCAAAAGCUGAAAACAUUUUGCUUUCAGAGGCUUUAUGGAGAUAGGAUAAAAAAAGGUGCUUUUCUAACUGUUCUGAGACCAGUGCUGAUCUCCUGGAAUUUUCAUGCGCAACAGUCUAAAGUGUAUAGAGAC